CUCAGCGCCGCAGAGCUCACCUGCGGGAUGAUCCUGUGCUUAGCCAGGCAGAUCCCACAAGCAUCUGCCUCCAUGAAGGAGGGCAAAUGGGACCGUAAGAAGUACAUGGGCAUGGAGCUGAACGGGAAGACACUGGGCGUGCUGGGGCUGGGGCGCCGUGGCAGGCUGCAGAAGCAAGCGCCCGCUCUGCCUCAGACCAUAGGCUAUGACCCCAUCAUCACCCCUGAAGUCUCGGCCACCUUUGGCGUGGAGCAGCUGCCGCUGGAGCAGAUCUGGCCCCGCUGCGACUUCAUCACGGUGCACACGCCGCUGCUGCCCUCCACCAUGGGGCUCCUGAACGACAGCACCUUCGCCAAGUGCCGCCGCGGCGUGCAGGUGGUUAACUGCGCCCGUGGUGGCAUCGUGGACGAGGGCGCACUGCUGCGGGCGCUGCGGUCGGGGCAGUGUGGUGGGGCAGCCCUUGAUGUCUUCACACAGGAGCCCCCAAAGGACCGCGACCUGGUGGACCACCCCAACGUCAUCUGCUGCCCACACCUGGGCGCCAGCACACGGGAGGCGCAGAGCCGCUGCGGCAAGGAGAUCGCCAUGCAGAUCGUGGACAUGGCCACGGGGAAGGGGCUGGCUGGCAUAGUCAACGGGCAGGCUCUCAGCAAGGCUUUCGCACCCCAGACCAAGCCCUGGAUAGCUCUGGCCAGGGCCCUGGGCAUGGUGCUGCGUGCGGUGGGCAAGCAAGCACAGGGCAACGUGCAGGUCUGCACCCUAGGGACACCCCUGCAGGAGGCUGGGAGCUACCUGGCACCUGCCAUGGCCACGGGCAUGCUGGUUGGAGGGGCACAGAAGGAGGUGACCCUGGUCAACGCCUUGCUGCUGGCCCAGGAGGCUGGGCUGAAGGUCACGACCACCCAUGACGACGUGGCCCCCGAGCCCGAUGGCAGCGCCAGCUCACUGCAGGUGGCCCUGCAGGGCACCCUGCACCGGGCAACGGGGACAGUGCAGGGCAGCACCCCAGUGCUGCAGGAGCUCAACGGGGCCACCUUCGAGCAGCCGGCCCCACUGGUCGGCCCUGUCCUCAUCUACAGAGCCAAAGCCUCCGAUCCCAGCACACUGCUUGCACUCACUGGGCUGCUGGGGAAGGCAGGAGUCCAGCUCCAGUCCUACCACAGCUCUGGCACGGUGGCGCAGGAGCAGUGGAGUGUCGUGAAGCUCUCAGCCCCCCUGUCUGACCUUAGCGAGCUGAAGCCACGUGUCAUGGAGGUCUUCCAGCUCCACCUGUAG